AUGCCGCGGGCCGCGUUCGAGGUGUCGCUGGGGCCGCCGGAGUGGGAGCGGCCAGGGCCGCGGGGAGCGGGCGGCGGCGGAGGCGCGGAGGAGGAGGCCCCGCUGCUGCGGAAGCUGGGGGACACGGCCGAGUGGCUGGCCCACUCGGACGACACCGACCCGGCCAGGCUGGUCGCGGGUUGGUUCCGCGACUUCGGCCCGAGCGUUGGGCUGCGCUCGCCGCACGCCGCGGCCUGGCUGGCCCUGCAGGU